AUGCUGAUCUACCGCGAAGCUGAGCUGGCAGACCUGCCCGAGAUCCAAGACAUCGACACCUACUACGUUCUUCAUACCUCGCUUACAUUGAUGAGAUCCCCGCCUCCCUUGGAGACAAACGAUGACAAAUGGAGUGACCUCAAGAACAGUGGAUUACCAUUCCUCGUUGCAGUAGACAAUACAGCGAGCACCAGUGAGAAGGUUGGUGUCGUUGGGUAUACUUAUUUGUCACCAUUUCGAGGCCAUCUCCUCUCCUAUGCGCCUACUGUUGAACUAAGUCUCUUCGUGCAUCCGGAUUAUCGAUCCCAAAAUAUUGGAACAAGUCUUCUCCAUCGAAUACUCGAGCUUGUUAACUAUGGAAAUGUGCAUCACAGGGUUGAACUUAAUACUGACCAGGAAACCGGUGUGGAAGAUGCCAUUCAGGUGAACGCUCGCAGUCGAGUACGGAAUAUCAUUGUCGUCAUAGCCGUUGAUCCGGAAGGACUAUAUUCAACUGAGUGGUUGAAAACAUGGUAUAUCCAGCAAGGGUUCAAGGAGUGA